CCACGUGCAACCUUGUCUAAAAAGAUGGCUUUUAGAGCAAAACGUCGUUCUAAACCUGUUCUCUCCCGCCAAAGAAAGCAAAGCAAAAGGAAGCGGGAAACAGGAGGCAGUGAUAAGAACCUUGAUCAUGUUGACUCAAAUCUUGAUUUGUCUAGCGAGGAAGAUAAAGAAUUGCUUACAAGUGAAAAAGAAUUCCACAGCAAGCUAGGACGGCUUAGCGAAACAGACCCGGAAUUUUAUACGUUUUUGCAGAAAAACGAUAAAUCACUUUUUGAAGUUCUUUCAGAUUCCGAGCCCAGCUCCAACGAAGAGAGCGGAAUUGAUGAUUCUCAGGACUCAGACGACAAUCAAGACUCGGACAACAUGGAGGACACCAUUGAGACCAUUACUGUCACCAAGGACAUGAUAAAUAAGUGGAAAGAAGAUUUAAAGAGUGUAAGGUUAUUCAUAGGCUUAAGCAGCACCCACACUAAUCAAAAAGGAUAUUAUUUUAAAGCUAUCAUUUCCUUUUUGAAAUUAUGUGAUAUUAUGGGAUGUGUGAUUAAAAUAGGAUAUAAUUAUGUUUAUACU